CACAAAUCCACACAGAACUUUAUACAUUGUGCACCCUAACCCUAAGGAGUACAUAAACCACCCGCAUUGCAUCAUCCAUCUGCACUCUGCAGUGCUUUGCCCCACACUGCGCCGAUGCCUCGGAAGGAGCUAUCGGAGCUCAACCUCUUUCGCCGAAGACGCGCCGCACAAAUCGCUCGUCAACACCGGCCAGGACGAACCAGGGAUACACGCUUAAUAUGCUAGACGACAUCUCAAUUCGUAUUCCGACUCCCUGCUGAGGCCCACCCGUUCCGACGACGCCAGUGCCCCUUUUCAAUCCCGCAAAAAUCGCGCGGCAUCGGAGCGUCAUAGAAGAGCACCUUGCUGUCCUCUUCGCUGAGAAAAUGCCCCUUUCCUCCUCCUCACAAUGGCUCCGCAACCAGGCAUCAUGAUGGCGGCGAGCUUACACCGGGCCAGACUGGCCCCUCUAGUCUACUCGGGCCGCGCCCUCUACCGCCAGCCGUGGACGCCUCGACUCUCCGUGCUUCACCCAACCGCCUCCUCAUCUCCCCUGCGCGCCGUCUUCCACACAACCUCCCCGCGACUGUACAGGCCUCAAACCACCAAUGCCGACACCCCCACACCCCCGACCAACUCGAAACCCGGGCGCCCUCCCCCCGUCGACCCUCUCGCGGCGGUAGACAAGACCGCGCAAGAGCAGCGCCGGGCCGAUUGGGCCAUCAUGAAGGAAAUGUCCCGAUACCUGUGGCCCAAGGACAGCUGGGGGGACAAGAUGCGGGUGGUAUUGGCAGUGGGCUUGCUGGUCGGCGCCAAGGUGCUCAACGUGCAGGUGCCCUUCUACUUCCGCGAGAUUGUCGACUCGCUCAACAUUGACUUUGCGGCCACAGGCGGCACCGUGGCGACCGUGGCAGGUGCCAUGAUCCUCGCAUACGGCGGCGCAAGGAUCGGCGCCGUGCUGUCCCAAGAGCUGCGCAACGCUGUUUUUUCGUCCGUUGCGCAAAAGGCGAUUCGGAGGGUUGCGAAGCAGACGUUUGGGCAUUUGUUGAAUUUGGAUUUGAGUUUUCAUCUGUCUAAGCAGACUGGUGGUUUGACGAGAGCGAUUGAUCGCGGGACUAAGGGGAUUAGCUUUCUGCUGACGAGCAUGGUGUUUCACAUUGUCCCGACGGCGUUGGAGAUUACCAUGGUGUGCGGUAUUUUGACGUACAACUUUGGCUGGGAGUUUGCCGCCAUCACCGCCCUCACCAUGACCGCCUACACGGCGUUUACCAUCUGGACGACGGCGUGGCGGACCAAAUUCCGGCGGCAGGCGAACGCGGCCGACAACAAGGCCUCAACGGUCGCCGUGGAUUCGCUGAUCAACUACGAGGCGGUCAAGUACUUCAACAACGAAAUGUACGAAAUCGGCCGCUACGACAAGGCGCUGCAGCAGUACGAAAAGAGUUCCAUCAAGGUCGCCACAUCCCUCGCCUUCCUCAACAGCGGGCAAAACAUCAUCUUCUCCUCCGCGCUGACCAUCAUGAUGUGGCUCGGCGCCAAGGGCAUCGUGACCGGCACCCUGUCGGUCGGCGACCUGGUGCUGAUCAACCAGCUCGUCUUCCAACUCUCCGUGCCCCUCAACUUCCUCGGCUCCGUCUACCGCGAGCUGCGGCAAUCCCUCCUCGACAUGGAGACCCUCUUCAACCUGCAGAAAGUCAACGUCACAAUCAAGGACAAGCCCGACGCGAAACCCCUGACCCUUCCAAAGGGCGGUGAAAUCCGUUUCGAGAACGUCACCUUCGGCUACUACCCUGACCGGCCCAUCCUGCGCAACCUGACUCUCACCAUCCCCGCCGGCAAAAAAGUCGCCGUGGUCGGUCCAUCGGGGUGCGGCAAAUCCACGCUGCUCCGCCUCCUCUUCCGCUUCUACGAGCCACAAUCCGGCCGGAUCUUCAUCGACGACACCGACAUCCGCGACGUGCGUCUUGACUCUCUCCGACGUGCCAUCGGCGUCGUGCCGCAGGACACACCCUUAUUCAACGAAUCCGUCGAGCUCAACAUCCGCUACGGCAACCUCGACGCACCCCUGGAACAAGUCCAUGCCGCCGCCCGCCGCGCGCACAUCCAUGAUAAGAUCGAGUCCUGGCCGCACGGGUACCAGACCAUGGUCGGCGAGCGCGGGCUGAUGAUUUCAGGCGGGGAAAAGCAGCGGCUGGCGGUGUCGAGGUUGAUUUUGAAGGACCCUCCGCUGUUAUUUUUUGACGAGGCGACUAGUGCAUUGGACACGCAUACCGAGCAGGCGCUGAUGGCGAAUAUCAAUGAGAUUUUGAGGGAGAAGGCUAGGACGAGUGUCUUUGUGGCGCAUAGGUUGAGGACGAUUUAUGAUGCGGAUUUGAUUAUCGUGCUCAAGGAGGGGAGUGUGGUCGAGAUGGGCAGUCAUAGGACGCUGAUGGAGGGGAAUGGGCUGUAUGCGGAGCUCUGGGCAGCGCAGGAGAUGGGGAUGGUGGAUGCUAAGGAGGGGGAGGGGGGAAAGGAGGAGGAGAAGACCGAGCAGACUCGGUAAGUAAUAUUUGGGAAACCACCAGACGCCGGCCAGAUGGAACACCAUAGACCCUGGUCAUCGGACGAAGGCACAGAGAGGGGGGGAAAGGGACGAUAUGGGCUCUUGAGGGUUUGUUGCUUGCUGGAGGCAAUGUUUGUAUAGAUGGCCGAGAUUAGGACCUCCUGAAUAUGUAUCGAGUGAGGGGCUCAGCUUCCCUACGCUCUGGUAUAGCACUUGAAA